CAUAAGAGAUCGCAGGCAUUUUUUUUACUUCUCCUUUUUAAGGCGAAGCAGCUCCCGUGGCAAUGGAAGAGACACUUAGGCUGCUGUAAAGUUGCUGAUGACUCGUGGCAACAAUGUUGCAGUUAUGGUCGGUCUUCGCCGCCGUUGCCGUGCUGGCCGUGCAGCUUUGCGUUGGUGACAAAUCCUGCGUCAUCAGGUCGAGUACUGAAUCUGUAGUGCAGCUAGGCUCCAGUUUUGAGGUGUUCUGCAUCUUUAACCUGAGAUGUACGGGUUCCAUGUACAGUGGCCAAGGUCCCACAAAGCAGAAACACAAAGCACUGAAUUCUACAACCAUACAUUUUAAAGUGGUGAACAUAACAGAGAACAGAACGUACAGCUGUCACUGUGAGAACCGUAAAGAUCUGGACCCCUGUGGACUCGACAUCUCAGCUGGAUACCUACCAGAUCGCCCUAAAAACAUUUCAUGCAUCUACAAAAUCGUAAAGAAUGAAAGUGGAGUUGUGGUCUGCAUUUGGAACAGAGGACGGGACACUAAUCUUCGAAACAGUUCAGCGCUUUGGGUGAAGGGGGUCGAUGGAAGUCACUCGGAUGGAUCAACGCCAUACAAAGUCCCCGAUAAGGGAACCGAGUUGCUGUCGGUGAAUUUCACUGUCUCCAGAUCAGUCGAGCUCAUCUCAGUGUGGGUUCAAACUGAAAAUCCACUGGGUUCUGCACAAUCAUCCAUCGUUAACUACACACUCAGUAAAAUCGUGAUGCCGUCGACUCCCGUUCUCGGCAAGCCAGAGUGCUACUCCCGGAAGUGCAUCAUGAAAGUGGAGCAGCCUGUGAGGACUCAGCACUUGGAGAUCCAGUACAGGGCAGAAAAGCAGACAUGGACAACUUGUCAGGACUCAGUUGUGCAGAUGAAUUCCUCCCACUGCUCCAUCUCUUCUCUGGAGCCCUAUAGGUUGUACCAUUUCAGAGCCAGAUCUAAAUUCAGCACCGGCCUGUGGAGUGAGUGGAGCACAAACAUUUGCGCAUGGACUCAAGAGGAACCCCCCGCCAAAGAGCUGGAUGUGUGGCUUGCAUCUGAUUUUAAACGCAUGAAAGUUUACUGGAAGGAGGCGAACGUUUCCAUCUCUAGAGGGAAGAUCCUAGGAUAUGAACUCAGCAUUUCUAGCUCUAGUGUCAUCACCAACAUCAGUGCCAAUGAAAGGAGUUGUCAAGUUGAACUUUGUGCCAGCUGUGAUGUGACAGUGAGGGCUCGCAACUCCAAAGGGCUGUCCCCUCCUGCCAGAGUAACAACCCGUCGUACUGAAGCCAAAUCCCCUAACAACUUACAAGUAACAGCCAACAACUCCAAUAUCACCAUCUCCUGGACAAAACCUGAAACUGCACCACCACCGACCACAUAUGUAGUGGAGUGGUACCCAGAUGGCAACAAGUUGGAGAAGCUCAGAUGGGUCAGGCUGGGCGAGAACGAAAACCACGCUGUCAUUUCAGAUGUCCAGCCAUAUGAGUGCUAUGACGGAGCGGUGUAUGUGCUCUAUAAUGAGAGUUCCAUUAGUUGGAAAUUUAAAGGUGUUGCCACUUUGGAGUCAGCUCCAAAAGCCGCCCCACGUGUCCAAGAGAAGGUUGAGGGAAGAAACAACGUGAACAUUACCUGGAGUGAGCUUGACAGGAGUCAGCGCAGGGGUUGCAUUACCAAGUAUACUAUCUAUUUGGAGACCACGGGGAACCCUAAAAUCUACUCUACACCAGCAUCAGAGAGGACGUAUAUAAUUAAAGACCUGCCUCCAGCAGAGUACAGACUGUGGAUGAGUGCUUCAACAGCUGAAGGAGAAGGCCCUGCAGGUCAAAAGAUCAAGUUCUUCAUUGCACAUGACACCCAAGAGUUCCUCCUACCGGCGUGUAUUAUCAUCCCCGUGAUUGUGGUGGUUCUUGUGUGUUUGUGCCAGAACUCAACCGUAAAGCAAAGGUCUUGCGAGCUUUUUCAGUGCUUCAUGCUAGAUGUUGUGCCAGAUCCUGCAAACAGCAAGUGGGCCAAAGAGUAUACCCAAGACAAGGGCAACAUGAACCUGCCGCUCCCAUCAUCCAGCUCCAGUGAACCCAGGGAGGAAGAAAAGCUCAUCCUGGUGAAUGUGGAGGAGCUACCCAAGCAGAACAGUGAAUCUAGAAAACCAAUCUUGCGUAUGUCUCCUUCAACCAGGCUGAGCUCUGACACUGAGCCAGAGUCGGUCAUUCCAACCACAUACAUUAAGAGUUUGUCCCACGACUCAGACAGCUCCGAUCACACGCACACGUCUCUGGACACAACUGUUGAUUAUAUUUCAUCACACGAGCCCGGAAAUUUGGACGAGGAAGACGAUGAGGAGAAAUGUGGAGAGUUUCUGGACAUGCCUUUCAUCUCCAAUCACAACAUCUUCAUAGAGCCGCUGGUGUUUGGAGGGAAGCUGACUCUGGAUGCAGUGAAAAUUGACUGCAGUGACUUCUUUCAAAACGCUUAGUAAAACUGAAAGCAAAUGAAACCUGCUUUUAGAGGAAGAAUGCUGAUAAGCCAACAGCCCAGAAACAAAGAACUGCAUGAACUACCUCCAUGCUCACUGAAACCAGAGAACUUUUGCUUAAGUCUGAGCUUCAGUUAUGCAGUAACAAUUUUAAACCUAAAGGGUAUCCUUUUCAUGUCAUGCAUUACAAUUGUUUUCUCUUCAAAACGGCAAUGGACACACUAAUCGCUUGACUACAAUUAACAGGACAGGCUUGCAAGAGAUGUUGUCAUUUCUGAUCUGGCUGAAGAAAUUUCCAAAGGCCCAAUCAGACGUUUCAUCGAAGGAGAAGCAGAGAGAUAACUUGGUUCCUGAUGCAAAAAUAGAUUUCAGACAUAAUCUGCUUUUCUGUUUGUGCUUUUCCUGCUAUGACAUAGACAUGUCCUCUCCUUUGUAAAAGAUCAUCCCAAAUGCAUACUCUGUUAUAGCCUUGACUAUCCCGUGCAUAUGCAUUUAUCCUACCUCAGUCUUAGCUCAUCUACUUAAGGAGGAGGUUAAACUGGACCAUUUAGAACUAACUGCAACUUUUUAACUUGAGACAAAUCCAACAGCCCAGCAGUGUUGAGAGACAAUAGCUAAUAUUAGCCUGACAACACAAAGCCAGUAAAAAACAUGCUGAUGUUUAUAGAAUAUGAUUACUACACUCAACAAACACUUCAUUAGAAUAUCUGUAUAUCUGCUUGUUUGUGCAGUUCUGGAAACAGCCAGCCAACUUGGUACAGCAUACACUCCUGCAGAUAAACAUUCAGGAGUUUCAGAAUGAGGAAAAGUAUGAUCUUUGAGACCAAACACGAUUCUCUGUUUCAGGUUUUCAGUUUACUCUAAUACCAAAAAAUCGUGGGAAAAGCUUUAUCUUAUCUCUGAUAAGCCCUCUUUCCAGCUGCACCGAGCAGAAAACCGUCUUAGACAUGUUGGAUUUCCGCAUCAGGAAUCAAUUCUGUUAGCUGAAAACUGCAGCCAGCACAGGCUCACCAACACUGGUAAACACAGUCUGCCCUGACGAUUAUCACAUCUGUUGAGGCAACAGUUGUAGGAUUCAUGUUCCCAGUUUGCUUUGAGUCAAACACCUGACAACAGCUGUGUAGUGACUUUGGACCCUGCAAUCAUCUCAGGACUUUAUGGUGCCGCAAACAUGAACUUCAGGGUGAAAGGGUGAACAUGACAGGGUGAAAGAAAGUCAAAGUGAAUAUAUUUGGAUGUGGAUAUAUUUCAUAUAUUCAUUUAUAUUUUCUGUUGUUCCAUUUGCUGGCAUAGCAAAGAAAAAAAAGAAAGAAAAAAGUAAAAUUUGAUGAAUGUACAGUGCUAUUCUUUUAUGUUUUUCAAAACAAUCUUGUGUUUUGAGUGACCUCUUUGAUGAUUUUGCACCCUUUGACUAUGACUGUCUUUAUAUGGGAAUCGGCGUAGCUCAUAAAUAUAUACUUAAUUUACUUCAAUGUCAAUACCAAUAAAUGAGUUCAUCAUUCAGA